AUGCGGGAGGUCCCGGUGGCGCAGCCAGGGUCGCCGCACGUGGUCCGGCUGGUCCGGAGGCCUGGAGCGAGCCGACGUCCGCCCGGUGCCCCAGACCAGGCCGCCGACGCAGCUGCGGCGGCUACGGACGGCGCAGCGGAGACGGUCGCUGCUAGGCGGCCCAGCUACCCGUGCUGCUUCUGUCAGGAUUCGUUCGCCGCCAAGGCUACGCUUGACGCGCAUCUGAAGAACGUUCACGGCAAAAACUACCGCUGCACACUGUGCACAGAGACGCUGUCGUCGUUCCACGGCUUCACGGAACACGUGCGGUUGUCGCACGGCGUGGAGCGGACGCUGCUGUGCCGACUGUGCGGCCUUCAGCUGGGGACGCUGCAGGCCUUCUGGCGCCACCUGGACACCCACCAGCGGAGCCGAGCCUCCACCUGUGAGAUGUGCGGCAAGUCGUUCACCCGGGCCGACUACCUGAAGGUCCACCAGCGGCUGCACCAGGAGAGGGCCCCGCGCCCCGUCUGCCGCCAUUGCGGCCGUUCGUUCAGCUCCAGCAGUAACCUGCACACCCACCUGAAGCUGCACUCUGGCGAACGCCGGUUCGUCUGCCACUGCUGCAGUCGCCAGUUUCACCGGGCCGAUCGUCUCAAGAGUCACCUGGUCAAAGACCACGGUGAACGGUGCCAGCAGCCAGGGAGGCGUGUCAGAAACGUGUCGUGACACAGCCCAGCAUCAGGGACCCGUCGUGACACAGCCCAGAGUCACGAAACCUAUCGUGACACAGCCCAGAGUCACGAAAGCUGUCGUGACACAGCCCGGCGUUACGGAACUUGGCACACGCCCAGCGUCACGAAACCUGUCGUGACAUAGCCCAGCGCCACGAAACCUGUCGUGACGUAGCCCGGCGUCACGAAACCUAGGCUGGCGCUUCGAGGCACGAGAAAAAGUACAGCGCCACUACAUGUGCGGCGCGUUGAGUGUUGCGAAGCCUGUCGUGACCGGUCAGCGGUACGGGACGUGUGAUAUGGUCCGGUGUCACGAAACAUGUCAUUACAUGGCCCAAGGUCGCGGUUCGUCGGGUCACGACACAUCGGCUCGCGACACGACAG